AACGAGAAGAAGCCGAUGAAGGAGCAGCCGAAAAAGAAGCAGAAGCAGCAGUCAUCAGACGACGAGACCGAGAAGAAGGAGCAGCAGAUGAAGGACGCCGAGACCGAGAAGAAGCCGACGAUCGACGCCGAGGGGACGACGAAGGACAAGAAAAUGAAGCCGGUGGCGGACAUGGACCUGGGAGUCGUACGUGUGCGGUACACGACCCAGGGGACAAAGAGUCCCAUCGUCAAGCUGGAAGUUCGGGAGGACAGAUUCAGGCCAACGAGUGCCUGGGUCCAGCGACUUCAAGUUGUGAUCCGGGGCGACGGCGGCUUCACGGCACAGCAAGGUUUCAACAUAUUGAAAACGCCAGUCCCUCCGGGCGACAACGAGACGGAGAAGAAGGGCGGCGAUGGCGACAACGAGGACGAGAACGACGACAACGAGGACGCCGAGGAAGAGCCGAGCGAGAAUGAUCCAGAGCUUAGUGAAGGCCCCCUGUUCUCACCCGAUAUUCAGAAUUUGAGACUUCCGGGGUGUGCACACGCAUGGUCGGCAUAUGCUUAA